UGAGGGCUCAUUUGGGCACCUACUGCGCAUGCCCGCGGGUUUAACGACGUGCUGCUGAGGCGGACAAGUACAAAGAGGCUGCUGGUGUUUCAGACGGGACGUGUCGUGUGUGUGCUGCGGGGCGAAAGUAGAGUUUUGAGUUGAAUUUCCACCUUAUCCGGACCAUUUAACCUUUCAGACUUCCACACCAGAGAUAACUGAUUGAUAUAACCGAGGGGAGAAGUUGCAUUCAAGUACAAAAACAGCUUUGGAGACACUCGAGUCUGUUUACAGGUUGCAUGGUAAUCUGGACUUGAUGCAUGGCAGUUGCAUGACCGCAGUAGGUCUUGUUGUGGGACUGAGAGCACACAGCUGCAGCCAUGGCUCAAACCAUGCACGUGAAUGGCAAUGGCCCAGAAAAAGGACAAAGAUGCCCCAGCACUGGAGACCAGAAGGACUCUGUGGCUCCUUACUAUGUUGAAACUCCCUAUGGUUACCAGCUAGACCUGGACUUCCUCAAAUAUGUCGAUGACAUCGAGAGGGGCAACACCAUCAAGAAGCUGAGCAUCCAGAGGAAGCCAAAACUGGCCAAAACUCUGUCGGUGCCUCGCGGCAGCACUGGAGGGGGCAGCACUCAUGCUGAAUGGACCUCCACAGACUCCUUGUCCUCCUCCAACAGCGACGGCAAGCAGUCCCCGGUCUUCUUCAGCUCCAGGACCCAGGUCUCUGCACCACAGACCCCCACCCUCCCAAGGGCAACCUGUGAAGCCCCCCUGCAGCAAUCCUACCUGAGCAUCACGGAGCAGAAACAGCUUCUCCCGCCUCCCUCCCCCAGAUUCGUCCCCCGUCACAACCCACAGGUGGAGAGGACUCUCAUGGAGACCCGUCUUCGGCUUGAACAGGAGCGCCUGCUCAUGCAGCCGCACAGCGACCCUCCGAUGCCUCGCCGCCGUCUCGCCAGCUUCGGCGGCAUGGGCUCCAGCAGCUCGCUCUCCUCUUACUCAGGCUCUAUGGCCCCAAGCCAGAUCUCCCCCAGCGCCCAUCAUCCCCUCCCCAUCAAUGGCCACCUUGCAAACGGAGAGUAUAACCCCUACUACCCAGCAUCCGUCGGCAGCUCCAUCCGCCACAGCCCCAUGAGUUCCGGCAUGGCCACCCCUGUCACAAACGUCAGCCCGUUACAGCUUCAGCAAAUCAGGGAGCAGAUGGUCGUGGCUCUCAGGAAGCUGAAAGAGUUAGAGGAGCAGGUGAAAACCAUUCCUAUCUUACAGGUUAAGAUCGCUGUUCUCCAGGAAGAGAAAAGACAGAUGGCUGCUCAGUCCAAAAAUCCAGGUCCUGGUGGCUUUCGCAAACGCUCCUACAGUGUAGGCAGCGCUGACCAAAUGGAGAACCAAGCCCCCAUCCAAAAAGAACCAGAGCUGCACAUAAUGGAGCCUGAAGCUCAGGAACAGAACGCUCAGCGGCUGGAGGAGUUCAGACGUUUAACUGCUGAGGUCCAAGCUCUAGAGAAGACUACCCUGGACAAUAACGUCAACGAAAACCAGCCUCAUAAAAUCACACAAAACCAAGCCCACCAAAAGUCCAUCGGAAUAGUUACUGAUGAGAACAUGAACAGCCUCCCUACCACUCAGAGGAAGUCGUCCAAUGAACGAUGUUGCAAGGAUGCAGGAGUACUGACGGAUCAACAGGAAGUGCGUAGUGCCGCGGUUGGUGUGACUGAGGCCAUGCUGGGCAUGACGACCGAGGCUGAGAAGGAGAUCGAGCUCCAGCAGCAGACCAUCGAGUCCCUGAAGGAGAAAAUCUACCGCCUGGAGGUGCAGCUGAAAGAAUCCACUCACCAAAUCGAGAUGGGGAAGCUGAAACUGGAGCUCCAAGCUGCUGGCGGGUCAAACAAGAAAAAGGCGGACAAAGGUUUGAUGGCUAGGCCGGAGAUGUACAACGCCUGCGUGGAGGCUAAAGUCCAGACACGCAGCCUGGGUGUUGGAGACCACUUGGAAUUUAGCCCUGUUAAAGCUACACAAAGCCACACUAUCGGAGUGUCCUGUCAACCCAGUGUGCAGAGUGUGUCUUCAGGCCCUGAGAUCCCGAUGGACCGGUGGGUGGUGCACGAACGCGUGGAGGUAACUGAUCAGUGCGUUGGUAGAAUGGUGGAGACGUGUGAUCAGCAGGUCGGCGUGGAGCUGAAUGUUUGUGAGGUUGGAGUUAACACGGUGGAAUCAGUGGACAGCUUGGCUCUCUGCAAACCCAUGACGGAGCUGAGCAAAGAGUCCAGAACAGUCGGCUGUGGAGAUUGUUCCGUGGAUGUGGUUGUCGGUCCGAUAAAGACUCUGGUGUCACGAGGAACCGACCCAGAUUUGGUCAUCAGGGUGGACUCUGGUGUCAUGGCUGCUCCAGAGUUAGUAACUCAGCAGACUAACACUGAGACUGAAGUUGUGAGCAAAUCCACCAACACAAAGACAGUCGUCCUGACCGACUCAUCUACUGAUACUUCGUUGGUCACUUGCGACAGCCAGACCAACACGCCUGUGAUUGAAACCAGGACGGUUGCAGCUGGAGAAGGACUCGUGAAAGACGUUCACUCCACAGUAAAGACUCGCUCUGUUGCUGUUGGAACCACCACAGACGCAGAGUCAUUCCUUGGCAAAUCAAGCUCUGCUAAAACCAAAGAAUGUGGGGUGGGACCUGUUAGCAUUCAGGAGAACUUCUUGGUUGGUUUAAAAACAAGGAACAUAGCAUGUGGACCCUCUCAGCCUUAUGAAUCUGUCACAAUCUGCAGCAAAGACACUGAGACUAAAACCGAGACCACACCACCACAAGCCCAAGCUCAAGAGGGCGCCGGUUUGGACCAUUACAUCGAGAGGGUGCAGAAGCUGCUGCAGGAGCAACAAAUGCUGCUGACGGAGAACUACAGCGAGCUCGCCGAGGCUUUCGGUCAGCCUCAGUCCCAGUUUGGAUCCAUCAACAGCCAACUGGUCAGCACGCUCUCCUCCAUCAACACGGUCAUGAAGUACGGGAGCGUGGAGGACAUCCUGAAGCUGCAGGCCGAGGCUGUGAACCCAGACAGAGAGAGCACUCAGCAGCUCUGCGUGAAGAUGGAGCGGUCACAGAUGGAGAGGAUUUCAUCGGGCCUGACUCCUGCAGAAAGAUCUGCCAGCACACCUGCACAGCAGCAGCAGCAGCAGCAGCAGCAGAUCAGUGCAGCCGAGCAGAAGAGCCGCAUGGACCUGCAGAUGUCGACAGCGCUGCACGGGCAGCCAUGCAGCCAGAGCACCCUGAAAUCCAUCAUGAAGAAGAAGGAUGGCCGACCGGACGCCAACGGCACCAAGAAGAACCUGCAGUUUGUGGGAGUGAACGGAGGGUAUGAGACAACAUCAAGCGAUGACUCCAGCUCAGAGGACAGCAGCUCCUCAGGGUCUGACGAAGAGGAGGAGGAGGAUGAGGAGAAGGAGGAGUGCAGAAGAAAGGAGGGAUAUAAGAAGGUGGAGGGAGGGAGCACCGGGGAGGAGUUUCAGCCUGAGGGAGACGAGGAUGUGGACAAGAAGGACGGAGAGGAAAGUUCGACGAGAGAGAGGUAUGAACUCAGUGAGAAGAUGGUGGCUGCGUGCAACGUUCUCAAAAGUCACCUCAGUGACCCGAAGGCUGUGAGCAGUAAAGAUGUGAGAGCCUGCCUGAACACGGUGCAGCACGAGUGGUUCCGUGUGUCCAGUCAAAAGGCGGCAUCAGCGGGGAUGGUGGAGGACUACCUGGGAGGAUUCGGGUCUGUCUCUCUGGCCGUGCUGCGCCACAUCGUCAACAUGGCGGACGGAAACGGCAACACGGCGCUGCACUACAGCGUGUCGCACUCCAACUUCCUGGUGGUGAAGAAGCUGCUGGAUGCAGAUGUGUGUAACGUGAACCAGCAGAACAAGGCUGGAUACACACCCAUCAUGCUGGCAGCGCUGGCCGCCGUGGAGACGCCCAAAGACAUGCACAUCGUGGAGGAGCUCUUCAGUAAGGGCGACGUGAACGCCCGAGCCAGUCAGGCUGGUCAGACGGGGCUGAUGCUGGCGGUCAGUCACGGCAGGAUAGACAUGGUUCGGGCUCUGCUGGCUCACAGCGCCGAUGUAAACAUCCAGGACGACGAGGGCUCCACGGCGCUGAUGUGUGCCAGCGAACACGGACACGUGGAGAUCGUCAAACUGCUGCUGGCUCAGCCGGGCUGCGACGCCACGCUGAGCGACAGUGAUGAGAGUAACGCCCUGUCCAUCGCUCUGGAAGCAGGACACAAAGACAUCGCCGUGCUGCUUUACGCACACGUCAACUUCUCCAAAGCCCAGUCACCGGGGACUCCACGCCUCGGCAGGAAGACGUCACCGAGCCCCACGCGGAGGAGCAUGUUCGAUUAGAGGUCCCGCCUCUCCCUACAACCCUGUGCUGCUAUUGGUUCACGCUGAACGAAGCCUUACCCCCAGCUGGAUGAGGGACUUCCUCCCAACCAACCAACCAACCAACCAAACAAACGAUGAGAUUUCUGGAUAUAUUUUUUAUUUAUGUUCACACAUGAGAGCCCAAAGUGCCCUUUGCUAUGAAUGUAACCAGCCGGUGCCUCAAGUCCCAUCACUUCCUGUUUAGAAAACAUCAUAGAAACAAAUCCAACAACAAAACGCCAUUUUUCUCUUUCUUUGAUUUUUUUGUUUUUAAUUUUUUUUGUUGAUAAUUGACAACUUUUUUUAUUCCUAACGCUCGAUGUUGAUCAUUCAUGAGCGCCCAAACAUCAUGUGAUUUAUUUUCUUGAUUUUUUGAGCAUAUCAGAGUAGACAGAAUAAUCCGCUCACGUGUCAGAGGAAGUAUUUCCUGUAAAUAUAUCUCUCCUCUCGGUCUCACACAUGUGCACACAUCUCCUCAGCGCGUGUACGACUCUCAUGUGGACGAGUACUGACAUCAAAGAGUAGACGUCGUGACCUAGACUGGAGAAAUUGUACUUUUAUACAAAUCCUUUGUAUCUAUUUAAAGAGCAGAAUCACAGUAUUUUGAAUAUUUCCUAUUACUACGUAACAACCCAUGAAGUUAUAUAUUUAUCAAAGUAUAGUUUUUAAUGCAGAUAUAUGUAUUUCAUUGUACAUACGGUGGUCAGUAGAGUUUAGUGUUUGUGUCCAGUUUCCUUCUCUCAUGUGUCUCUCGUGUGUAAAAUAAACAGUCUGUCGUCCUCUAGUGUUCAUCAAGGUGCUGACUUUCAUCCUCCAAUGAGAAUUGAAGUGCCUGAGACUUUGCCAUAUAACAAUAAACAUCAAUUAAAGAGUU